AUGCAAUUUCUUGUCUCAAAAUUCAAUCCGAAUCAAACAGCCACGUGGGCACGACCAAUUUCUUAUGUGGUGAAAGAAAUCAAAUCACAACACAGAACAACUAAAAUAUGUACUCGGUCCAAAUGGGAGCUAUGGAAUGAUACAUGUCCCUAUCGAGUCUAUCAGAAUGGUCUGGGAAACUGUGGACUUAUUGCAAGUCUGGCAGCAAUUUCCAUUCAUAAAUGUAUAAUUGAGUUUCUUUUUCGAGACUUUAAAAUUAACGAUUAUGGUGCAUACCAAGUGAAGUUGUGUAUAGAUGGAGAAUGGAAGAAUAUAAUCAUUGAUGAUUGGAUACCGUUAACCAAUGGAAGCCUAAGAGGUGUGAAGUCUGCAUCAAGACUGGGCAAGAAUUUGAUAUGGGCUGCGUUGAUUGAAAAAGCUAUCGCCAAAGUGUUCAAUGGUUACAAAAAUAUUUACGCCUUUUGUUCAGCGGCAGCAUUGAGAAUGAUUACUGGAGCACCUGUAACCUCACUACAAUUCAAAGAUUUUAGAGAAAAAACUGAGAAACUAUGGGAAAUAUUGCUGAUAUCUAGCUCAAAAAACUAUCCGAUAGUUUGUUCAUGCUUAUCGAAGGGAGAAAUAUUACGAAAAUACGGACGUACAGCGAAACCAUUUUCUCAUAAGUAUGCGCAUGUGUUUACAGUUCUGUCAGUGAUUUUAUAUAAAUCCCAUCGAUUGCUGAAACUUCGGAACCCAUGGGGGUAUAAUAUAUGGACAGGCAAAUGGACUGAUGAAACGAAUACAAAGAUUCUUGAUUCAAAAGAUACAAAAAAUCGUGCAUAUGGAGAGAUCAGCGGCUCAUUCUGGAUAGGAUUCGAUGAGUUUCUGAAAUACUUUGAUAGCGUGGAGAUCUGUCGAUACCGUGAAUCAUGGAGUCAGAUACGAUUGAGCAUGCCUGUUGGGGGACUGUGGGAUGACUCACAAAAAGGGAUUAAAAUAAUAGUACCUGAAGGAUGCGAUAUUUGCGUUAGUGCCAUUAAACCCAAUUGUUAUAAAAUACAGUAUCACACAUGGGUUUCUAUUCAUGAAAUCAACCAGGACGAUGAAAUUGGACAAAUAAUAUUUUGCGAACCGAUAUAUGAAUCUUCGGAAGACAUUCACCUUCUUCCUGGAGGAUAUAUGAUUUAUGUAACAAAUUUUUAUAGCAAAAAAGAACGGAAUGUUGUUAUCCACUCUUCCAUCCCAAUUAAUGCCAGUCUGUGUAGCUGGAAUCCGCAAGUUUUGGUAAAAGUUUAUCAGAGAAUAGUGGCAGAAAAAGGAGAGGAGCUUCUGAAACAGAGAGAUGACGUCAGUAUCAAGAAGUAUUCAGGAGACAAAUUUGUGAUAAUGAUGGCUGAAAAUUACACAGAUGAAAGAUAUCUUCAUGUACAAACCUUCUGCUCUAAAAUUAAAAUGUGUUGGUGGUCAAGAGGGGAUUCAAACAACCGUGACUAUGGAGAUGUGAUUCCUCCAAGAUCUCGACAGAUUCUUAUAGCCACUUGUCAUCUUGAAUCUGCUACGCGAAAAGGAUUUCCGAUGGCUAUUGAUUAUUACCUAUCUGACGAAAAAAUGACAAAACUGGGGACGUCUAAUCGAGCCGCCCAUAUACCGAGUAUUCGCCGGACUGAUUAUAUUCAUCAGACUGUGUUAAUGGAAUAG